GAGCUCCGGGACGCAAGCAGGGCCAAGCAUCCUGUCCCCAUCCCCACCCACCCACACCUCCCCGGGGGGCCCUGGUGAGUGACCGGGCCGGCAAGGGUUAAGCUCACAGAGCUGGCAGCGCGGGCUAGAGCGGCGGCGACCGUGGCGAAGGCGAAGGCAGCGGCCACGGUGGUAGUGGCGGGGACCGGUGCGAGGGGGCGCGGCAGGCAGCAGGGGCGGGGGACAGGAUGCGGAUGCCGGGGGGACUUCCUGUGUCGGCCCCCCAGCGCCCCCGCCCCAACCCGGCCGUUUCCCGCACGGACGCACAUCACCGGAGGGCGGGCGAGCGACCCGGGACCUGGCCGGUCCGCGGCGCCCGCUCCCCGCCCCUGGGCACCUGUGGCCCGUGAUUGCCCAGGACCCUUGUCACCUGGUUCCCACUGAGGCAACCUAGGGCUCCAGCUUGGGCCCUGCUGCACGCCAUGGUCACCCGGACCAACCCUGAUCCCUGUUCGGAAUUUGGAGCCCUGCCUCCCUUCCCUGUUCCUACGUGAGAGUCUCCACCAACUUCUGCCUGGCAACUCCACUCUGCACCUUGUCUUGGCCCAGGGGGACCUCAGCAGCUCUGACAGCGAAGACCCCGCGGAGUGCCUGCCAAGGGUUUCCCGGUGGGCAUUCAGAACCUCCCUGGCUCAUUCUAGAUGGAGGCACCUCCGGAAGGAGCUGGCUGAAGAGCCGUGGCCUUCACCUUAUAGCCACUGGUGACCACACCUCCCCUAGCGCAGAGGCUGCAGCAGGCGAGAAAUGCUCUUCCAGGAAUGGGCCUCGGCCAUCACCAUCUCCCUCCUGAACAGCCUCCUUUCUUGCUCAGCACAGCCUGUUCCCAAGGACGCUGGUGAGACCACCAGGAUGGAGCUGGGCCCCACAACAGAGACCUUUGUGUUGGAGCUGCGAUGUCUUGAGGAUGGGGGUCCAGGGCCUGACACCCUCUCAGAUGGCAGUGGUGGGAGUGAGAGCCAGGAGGAGGAAGAGGCUCAGGAGGUGAGCAGCAGCCCACAGCCGCCAGCACUCACAGCCCCAGUAGGGGCCAGUAACAGCAUUGGGGCGGUGCAGCUGGGACAACAGGACUUGCAUCUGCAGCAGUUAGAGCAUCAGCAAGAGCUGGAACAACCGCUGCAGCACAAGCAGUUACAAGAGCAGCAGCCUCUUGCUGCUCAACUGUUAGGACCUUAACCAGAAUUGCUGCAGCAGCAAGAUCAGCAAGAUGGGCAGCAGUAGCUGUCUCAGUUGCAGCAGAAGCUACAGGAAAACCUCCAGUCUGAGCAGCAUCAGGAACCAAAACCACAACUGCAGCUGCAUCAUGUGCAACAGCAACAGCUAUUGCAGCAGCAAGUAGAAGAACAGGCUUUGCUACAGCAGCAGCCUUUACAGCAGCCAAUGCAAGAGCAACGACAGUCACAGCAGCAGCUUCUCCAACAGCAGCAACUACUGCAACAACAUGAGCAAUUGCUGCUGCAGCAGUUGCAAGAACAAGCAUUGCAACAGCAAUUACAAGGACAACAGCUGUUGCAGCAGCAUCAACAGGAGCAGUUACAGCAGCAGCUGCUGCUCCAACAACAGGAACUGUUGCAACAGCAGGGACAAUUGCAACCGCAACAGUUGCAGCAGCAGAUACUGUUGCUGCAGCCACAGGGACAUAUAGAGCAGCUGUUGCUGCAGCAGCAGGCACUGUUGCAGCAGCAACUGUUGCAGCAGCAGCAGGUCCAGAUGCAGCACCAGCUAUUGCUGCAGCAAGAACAGUUGCAGCAGCAACAGUUGUUGCAACAGCAGCAGCUGCAGCCUCCUCCACUGGAGCCAGAGGAGGAAGAAGAUGUGGAACUGGAGCUUAUGCCAUUGGGCAUAAGGUCAGAGCAGGAGCUGGAGCAGCGGCGGCAGGAGUUGGAGAGGCUGCAAGAACAACAACAGCUGAAGCUAAAACUGCAGGAGCAACUGCAUCAGCUGGAGCAGCACCUGAAGCAACAGCAGCAGCUGGAGCAGCUGCAGCAGCUGGAGCAACAGGAGAUACACUUGGAGCUAGCCCCGGUGGAACUGAGCGCCCAGCAUCAGGAGCUGCAGCUGCAGCUGACCUCUGUGCAGCCGGAGCUGCAGCUGGAGCUGGUUCCCACUCCGGGAGGUGGCAUAGCAUCAGCUCCAGUCUCCUACGUGGUGGCCCCUCCAGGCUAUGUGGUGCUGCAAGAGCUCAUGGUACUGCCCACUCUGGCCACAUCCACUGUGGUGACCAUCGCGGGCCCCACAGGGAGUGAGGCUCGGACGCCCACAAAACAGCGCAAGAAGCGGCGAGGCAGGGACAGGCCGACCAUCUGCGGGGAGUGUGGCAAGGGUUUCAGCCGCAGCACGGACUUGGUGCGACACCAGGCCACGCACACUGGGGAGAGGCCGCAUCUCUGCAGCGAGUGCGGCAAGGGCUUCUCGCAACACUCUAACCUGGUGAUCCACCAGCGCAUCCACACCGGCGAGAAGCCCUACGCCUGCACCUACUGCUCCAAGCGCUUCAGCGAGAGCUCGGCGCUUGUGCAGCAUCAGCGCACCCACACCGGCGAGCGGCCCUACGUCUGCGCCGACUGCGGCAAGUGCUUCAGCGUCUCCUCCAACCUGCUGCGCCACCGCCGCACCCACUCGGGUGAGCGGCUCCACGCGUGCGAGGACUGCGGCGAGCGCUUCCGGCACAAGGUGCAGAUCCGCAAGCACGAGCGACUGCAGCACGGGUUAGGCCGCCCCAGAGGUCUGGGCCUGCAGCGCUCCUCCAGGCAAGCGCCCUCAAGAGUCUCCACAAGGGCCAAAAAGGCUUCUGCAUCUGGGAAGCCCUGAGUGGUGUGAGAGCCACCCACACCUUGACCCUAGGUCAUGAUCUUAACCCCAGUUUGAGGUCUUUCUGGGUAUCUUGAAUUAUCCUUAGGAAAGAAAGACGUCCAUCUUUUCCCAGACCUACCCCUACAAUGCGCCAAGUCCACUGACUCAGUCUCCCUUCCCUCCAAACCAUGCACAAGAGAACAACUCCAUGUGGGUGAGAGAGA